AGAAAACAAAAAAGGAAAAGAGAAAAAAAGGGAACUGCAAGACGCGUUUUACUUAAAUGUAAAACACAGUAGUAUCUCCGCUCCUUUAAUAUCUCAGAUUCUCUCAACCCAUCUCUAUCGCUUCUUCCCCCUAUAACCUUCUCUCGAUCUACUCUCCAUCGCAAAACCUAACAAUGAGUCAGUACAAUCAACCUCCCGUCGGCGUUCCUCCUCCUCAAGGCUAUCCACCGGAGGGAUACCCGAAGGAUGCGUAUCCACCGCAGGGGUAUCCUCCUCAGGGGUAUCCGCCUCAGGGAUACCCUCAGCAGGGGUAUCCUCAGCAAGGCUAUCCUCCUCCUUACGCCCCGCAGUAUCCUCCUCCCCCGCAGCAUCAGCAGCAACAGAGCGGACCUGGGGUUCUAGAAGGAUGUCUGGCUGCUCUCUGCUGUUGCUGUCUCUUGGAUGCUUGUUUCUGAUGAUUGGAGUACCUGCUUUUGGAGCCGGUGAUUUGAUUGCAAGAGAGUGUUUGGCAACUUUAAUUAAGUAAUGGGCAUUGUAAUGGAAUUGAUGGAUACAUUCUCUUGUUUAUUCUCUUUCUGGUUUAUGUUCUUAGAUUCACAAACAACUUAUUCAAUGGCUUGGUUUGGAUUUGAGACUUUAAAAUGGGAAUGUAAAUUUGCGUGGAGAUACUAAGUCCUUUACCUCUCA